AUGGGUGAGGGUGCUGCGAGGGCUUACGACGACAUUGGUCACAUAAUGGAGAAGAUGAGGUGGGGUGGUGACUGUUUACAGCCGCAAACUCAUCACCACAGCAGCGUUGACACCAUCGUGCUUGAAAGGAGAGUGGCGGAUUUGCUUGUUAUCACUGAAAAACCAGGCAGCGGCAGGGUUGUAGUAAUGUUCUGCAUGGAAAAUACCUGGGACCCCUUCUUUGUCAUGUUGCCCUACUCAAGCCGACUGGUUCGGAAACCGUCUUGGGUGGAGGUUGUGUUGAGGUGUUGUUUACUGGGUCGGGCCCCUUGUCAUGUUCUUCCAGGCACGAAUAGAAUGGUGAUAGCAAGCACGUUCAACGUGUGGAACGUGUUCGCGGUAGGCUUACUAGAGUGUCUCUGGAGACUCGAGAGUUCUUGCGACACAAGUGUCACGAACCUCACUACGCCUGUCUUCCCGACGUUUCCACCUACAGCUGCAAGUUCACUUAACCCAUAUGUCUCAUUCACAUGUCUUUGCGCCCUACUAAGUCUCAUCAGUAGCACUCCAUCCCUCCCGACUUCCUCGCCCCCUAGCCUGCUCCAGAUCAACCAAAGGACCAUCAGCAUCAUCAGUCAGUGCCGCCGACGGGAGCAGCAGAACCCUGCACUGGACAAUCACGCUUCUUCACAAGGUGAAGGAGUGAUGUGCUCUGAUUUGGCGUUGGCGUACCCUCGGGCGCUGUACCUAUUACCUACGUAA